AAGUCAAUAAAUCUGUACCCAUAUAUAAGAUAGGCCAAAGAGUUUUUGCCACUAACCUGUCUGACACACUUUCCUCAGAGGAGAAACUAGAUACCUGUCAUUAUGAACAAGCUACUGGUUAUCACAGCUGUCAUUGCUUUCCUUGCUCUGGGAACGGAGAGCUUCCGUGUGCCCAGGCAAGUUGAGGAGGAAAAAGGAACCAUUUCCACUGUGGUGGACACAAUUAAGUCCUACUACGACCAGAGUGUUGACACUGCCAGCGGUUAUGUUGAGACCAUCAAGGGCUACAAGCUGAACGAGAAAGCCAAGAACCUGUAUGAAGACACAGUUCGUGCUGUCAGCACCUACGCCGGCAUCUUCAACGACCAGCUAUACCACAUUUUGUACCCUCAAGAAAGCUCUUAAAUCACAUAGUGUCACACCUCAACAGAACUCCACCGCUUUCUGGUCUUGAGUCUAUCACCACCCUGGAACUACAAUGAACCCCAGAAGAAAACGGCACUGAGGUGAAAACAUGACUGUUGAACUCUUGGCUCCAAUGGCCUGUUACCUUUGCCCUGUCAAAAAUACUGCACAAGCACAUAGCACCCUGACACACAUCAGUGGAUAAAUAUGAUGUGAAGUUCUGGGGUAAAAUCAAAUAUAAUGCUCAACCACAAUCUGUUUUUGGAUGAAGAUCGGAGAACCUUUGCUGCUGACUGUUACCUGGCGCCCUCUAUCGUACGUCCAGGUUAAAACAGAAUCAUCGACUGUUUCAUUGUAGUUUCUCUGUAUAGAUUACAGAAAUCUUUGUAUUAUAUCAACUUUUAGUGGUUCUAUGUCCACGAGCAUUAGCAAAUUGCAAUAAAACUCCACAUUUGUAGAAAAUGAAGUUGUUUUUGAGCCAUUACAUAAGCGAUACCAAACAGAUCUAAAAUAUGGAAACUCUAAGUACCAAUAAUAGCUUAAGUGCUACAAAAUAUGCAAGUUUUAACACUUCCAUGAAGAAUUACUUGUAAUUGGAUUCAUUUCCAUGGUAUCUGCAAAUAUAAGCCUUUUUAGCGGGAUCAAAACGGAUAUUAGCAACUGUUUACACUAGGUCUUUUGACUGAAUACAAACAAUCUCUCUCUCUCUCUCUCUCUCUCUCGCUCUCUCUCUCUCUGAUGAGGAGACUGGUUAAUCAGUUAAUAAGUACAAUUUGUCAUGACUGAAUAUAAUUGAGGAAUUUCAGUUUAAUGAGCUUUUUGAAU